CAUACGGACAAUCAUUCAAUUUCCAUAUUUUACUUCAAGGAAAAUAUGGCGACAGGAUUGCGAUGUUGGCCGUUAGCAUUCUGUAUAACGUUACUUCAUAUUAGAAGUACAUAUCCUAAGAUUGUAGAAGGGACAUUAAGCACCAAAGAGAACUGGGCAUUUUUAACAAGAUUUUGUUACAAAGAUUCAAUAGGAGAACUAAAAUAUCAUUUUGAAUAUCCUGAGGUUUAUGCUACACAGAAUAUUUUUCUGUACUUUGACACGCAAUGGCCAUUAGUGUAUCCGAAGCCAGACAUGAAAUGUAUAGAUAAAGAAGACAAGGUUUAUAGAGGAAAUAACCAAGUUGUGAACCUCACGACCAACUACAUAUGGUCAGGAUGUACAAAGAAAGAAAAGCUAUCUAUGACACAUUUAGACUGCAAUGGUAAGAGUAUGUUUCAGUCUCUCAAAGGGGCUAGGUCCCAGUAUUUUAGCGUAACCAUCAAGGUAAUAUUAUAUUGUGACAAGGUCAAAAUUCAGUUAACAGUCACUUAUCCCAAUGUUAUUCAACAGAAAUGUAUAGAUAAAGAAGACAAGGUUUAUAGAGGAAAUAACCAAGUUGUGAACCUCACGACCAACUACAUAUGGUCAGGAUGUACAAAGAAAGAAAAGCUAUCUAUGACACAUUUAGACUGCAAUGGUGAUCGGCGAUUUGUGUCAAAUCGUGAGAGAUGGUGGUAUUUAGCCAUCAGUAACUGUGACUCCUCUAAGGGACUGUUCUUGAACUACAGAUUAGAAAUGACAAAUGGAGAAACAUUUUGGAGAAAGCACUUCUCUGCAGAUGAAAGAUUCAUUCUUCCCAUGGACAUAGCUUUUUUUAUUGCCUUUAUUGUGAUGUGGAUGCUGGGCAUUUAUGUUGCAAGUAAGAAAUAUAAUAAAUUAUUUCUUCAUUAUUUCUAUUUUUCAGUCAUUCUUCCCAUGGACAUAGCUUUUUUUAUUGCCUUUAUUGUGAUGUGGAUGCUGGGCAUUUAUGUUGCAAAUCUCUUAGUGGGUCGCAGGCUUUUUCACUUUUCAUACAAGCUUUAUUUGACCUCAAUGACCUUUGAAGUUAUAAGCUUGCUGUUCUACAUCAUUUACUAUGUCAAAUUUGGAAGGAGUGGCUUUGAGACGUAUGGACUAUCUGUAGUAGGGCGUGCCUGUCACUUCAUCUCUCAUGUUGUAUUUCUGAUCAUGUUAAUUUUGAUGGCUAAAGGAUGGACAGUAACAAGAGGGCGCAUCAGUUCUGGAGGUCAAAUCAAGCUCAGCAUCUUUGGUACAGUUUAUACAGUGUGUUUUGCCAUCCUCUUCUUCUAUGAAGUUGCUGUGUUUGAUCCGGGUGAAGUUCUCUAUAUCUACGAGAGUCCUGCCGGCAUUGGGAUUUCUAUCUUGAGAGUCAUUGCUUGGUUGUGGUUCUGCUAUGGGACUUUCUUCACCCUGAAGCAUUAUCCAAACAAGUGUAAUUUUUAUUACCCAUUCUGGUUCUUCUACACAGGAUGGUUCCUUGCUGGGCCAAUUGUAGUUGUAAUUGCAACAUACAAAAUACCAAAGUGGGAAAGAGAGCAAAUUGUCAAUGGAAUUGAUUGGUCAAUCUCUAUUCUUGCGCACUUGGUUUUCUUGAUUAUAACCAGACCUUCUGCAGCAAAUAUAAAUUUCCCAUUUCACUUGAGGACCAACCAGAUUGGCAUUCAAGAAGCCACACCCUCCAGACCUUCAGAGAAUGGCUCUGCGUACUACACUCCUCCCCCACCCAAUGCACCUCCACCUUACUAUUCUCAAGAGGCUGGUCACUUCACAGAUAUCACAUCCAUGUUCUUGGCCAGUGGAGUUGCCAAUGGCAACAAGCCACCAUAUUCAUCCUCGAAUGGUAUGCAAAAUAGAGCAAUAAAUGGUUACCCUAGGAUGCUAGCAAGUCAAUCACCCAUGACUGGAAGGCAAAACGGAGAAGUGAAUGGUUUCCCUAUGAUGUCAGCGAGUCAAUCAGUUUCCUAACCAGUGCACAUGGCAAAUCAAGCUGUAAAUACUGGCAUAUCAUAAUGCAGUUCACAUCAAAUCUUUUGUAUUUGAUUUAAUAUUAAUCAUAAGUUAACCAUUUGGAACACUUCUGUGUGGUUUUUUUUUUUUUUCAUACAAACAUAAAAGACAGUAAAAGCUAAAACUUGUAAAAUGUAAAAAAAAAAAAAGUUUACCUACAAAGUCAACACCACAAUGGCCUUAAGAUGGUGUCAUUUAUAACAAAACACCCAUUUAGGAAAUAUAAAUUGUGCUUACAUGUAAGAAAUAGAAAAGGUUUUCCAUUUUUUUGUUGUUGUUUUUUUUUUUUUAAGUUAUAACAACACAAGUGGUAGUUUGGUAGAACAAGAAAUGGUGCAAGUACACAAGAUGCAGUUUUCCACAGCCUUUUCAAGUUCUCCUGAUCUUUCACAAGUGUCCCUUUAUUUCAUUAGGAUCAUGGUGAAAAUGUUUUCUAUUUCUUUAAGGAAAACACUGUGAGAAGUCAAGAAUGGAAGUCACUCAUUCACUUUGAUCAUUAGAAUGUAAAUUCUCUUUUCUCCCACCUGGGUGGCACAGGCAACUAACUUUUGCCUUUGGGUGACUGGAAAAACCUACUUUUUUCUUGUAAGCUUGAGUGCUGGGCACCCGGGAUUUCAUGGUCACAAACCUUUGAAGUGAUCAUAAUUUUUUUUAGACCACAGCAUUGGUCAAGUUAAAUUAUAGAAGUACAGCUCUUAGUGAGUGCUCUCUUACAGAGUGUUUUCUAGGUACAUUUUUCAAGAUAAGAGUUUCUAGCCUUUAUUGUUUGGACACCUGUAAGUAUCAAAAAACAAAGUUGAUUCACAUUUUGUUUGCCAUAAUUUGUACUGUACACAAUGCUUUUCGUAAGCUAAAAUAUUAAUAUUAUGUGUUAGGCAGCCAUGCAUCUAAAAAUGGUAGUGUUAUUUAAUUGAACAGUGUUCUCGCAUAAGUUAUUUCUUAUCUCUUGUAAAACAUUAUGUAUCAAGCAUGGCAUUAUAUGCUCUUGUUAAAACCCUUUAAAGUUGGCAGUGGAUAAAGAGGGAAAAUUUCAUAUUAUGGUAAUGAACACUCAAUGCAUUCAUGAACAGAAAAUAAUAAUAAAUUUCACGUUAAACAGUUCUCACAUUAAUUUUGUCAGAAAACAAAUUUCAUACUAACCUAUGUACAUACUAUAACUACUGGUAGACUGUAAGUAAAUAUGAAAGAUCUUAAAUAAGUGGUAGCUUGGUUGUACAUGUAAUAUGAAUUAUUUUUUAAGUAAGAGUGGGAACGUUUUCUAUAUUAUUUAGCUCAGAACUGUAAUGUAAACAAUAUGCCGACCUUAUAAUGCAAAUAAUUAUUAUCAAUUGUAAUCAGCAAUAUUAUUAAGAAGUAAAGAACUUGGUUUAAGUUAUGGUGAAUCUUAAGAUCAGUUCAUCAACUGAUCACUUUCUAUCCUUACUAAUUUUAUUCCUGUUAUGUUUUGAUUUUUCUAAGAGCUACUGUACAUUAAAGUUUUAAAACAAGUACUGACCCAGUCAAACUUAAUGAAAACAUAACCCAAGAAACCUGACUUCUUGUAAAGUUAUGUUUCAAUGUUUCAAACAAUCUAAGAUUAGACAAGCAGCUUGAUUGGCUGAGAGAAUGUAAACAGUAAACCAAAAUUGUAUAUUGCAGCCAAUAGUUUCUGAUUAUUCUUGGCCCUCUACAUCCCCUGACUUAAAUCAUGAGAUCAUGCAUAGUUCUUCAAAGAUGAGAAUACUGGUCAACUGUUUUACAUAAAAAAAAGUUUGCUUGCUUUUCUUUUUUAACAAUACCUUUCAGUCAAAUAAUCAACUUGUAGUAUCACAACAUACAUGGCUAGUUUGUUAAUUAACAAAUUCAACCACCACUUCAUACUAUACAUGUAUUGCAGGGGUUUCGUUAAUGUUUUCAGCAGGAGAGCAACUGCUUUUCACAGGUAGGUAAAACUAUCUGAUCUGAACUUCUUUGUAAGAAAAACUUUCCACUAGAUGGUCAAACCAGCUUGGAAAAAUCAUCCUCACAGCUGGUCAAUUUGCCCGGUGCCCGGUGACCGGCCCUUAAUGAAACUCCUGGUAUUGUAGGUUGCUUAGAUCAAUAUCUAUGGAUUAUUGACCAAGUGGGAAAUUUGGUCAAUAAAGGUUUAUUAUAUGGAAACAGAAUACUAUUUACCUAAUGUUCACACAUGCAUUGUACAUGCGCAUUGUUUCAUAAGAACUCACUGGAUGUAUGAUGAAAUAUUAAGAAACAUAAACAGUUAACAAGGUGGCUACUUUUCAUUGAAUAUGGCUGUAAUAAACAUUUUUAAAGGCAAGUA